AACUGGUCAGCAGUGGUCACAUACGCAUUUACCAAAAUGGCGGCUUUUGCGGAUCUCAAUGUUACUUGCUUGAACAACCCACGUGAAACAGAGAAACUUGUCUCUAAGGCUGUCAAACUUGGUUUUGAAACAAUUGCUCUUUGCCAAACCUUUCGCCUUGAAACAGUGAAAAAAGAAAGAAAGGGCGCCGCUAAACUGACCCCAGUCAACUUGGGUAAUUACCCAGCGAUAAAAGAUAUGAAGAAAAUCAACCCGCGAUUGAAAGUUUAUACACGGUUAACUGUACAGCUAGACGACCAAAGCCAGGUGCAUCAACUGUCCAGUGAUCCCGUACAAUCCCAUGAUAUCUUAGCUGUUCAACCGGCUACAGAGAAGCUUUUCCAGCAAGCUUGUAAAACGCUAGAUGUUGAUAUAAUUUCACUGGACAUGACAGAACGCCUUCCAUUCUACUUGAAAUUCCCUACAGUAAAUGCAGCAAUUGAACGAGGAAUACAUUUUGAGAUUGUUUAUUCGUCUGCAAUAAGAGACUCAUCCCAGAGAAAAAACCUAAUUUCCACGGCUUUGGACUUGGUUGUUUUUGCAAAAGGAAAGAACAUUAUUAUUUCAAGUGGGGCAGUAAACGAGCUUGACUUUCGCGGGCCUUAUGAUAUCAUUAAUCUCGGGUUAUUGUUUAAUUUGAAGGAGGAACAAUCAAAAGCAGCCAUCACAAAGAACUGUAGGGAUGUUUUAUUCCGUGCUGAUGCUAGAAAAGGCACAGAAAAAUCAGUUAUUUCAGGAAAACUACUGAAGGAAACAGCUCAGCUGCUCUCCGAUAAAGAAGAAGGAGACAUUAGUGAGGGUUGUACUGGCCAAAGCAAGGAGCAAAAUUUUGAUGACAAUGACGAGGGUGACAAUUAUGAACCAAAGGAAAAGAAAUCAAAAGUUGAAUGA